CCGGGCGGUGCCAGCUGCGGGCCCGCCCCGUGCGGGCGGCGAGGCGGGGAGCCGGGAGUCCGGGAGUCCGGGACCGGGCGCUGCGCCCCCGCCGCGCUCUCGACAUGCUGCCCGCGGCCGUCAGGAAGUGGCUGCACCGGCCCAAGCGAUCCGACCCCAGGCUGCUGUCCCAGUUCUUCUACGCCGACGAGAGGGUGACCCGCGUGGUGAUGGAAAUAAAUGGCCUGGACGUGGAGACAGACCCUCAGCAAUACUUGGUGCUGCUAAACCAGCUGCACCUCAGCCAGGCUCACCUGCUGACCCUCAUCGAGCAGCUCAUGAACGAGUGCAUCCCCAAGGAGAGGCACUGCCGUGACUACCUUGCCAAGUUCCCGGAGGAGCUGCUGGUGGACAAUCUGGGGAACCACGUGCUGUUUGCGGCUGAGUGUCUGGUGGCGGGCACCGUCCUGGAGCUGGAGGAAGCAGACGGGCUGCAGCUGCGUCCCCUGGCCAAGAACCUGGUGUGCAGCUUGCAGCUGGUGCGGAAAGUACUGCGGGAGCAGAGCCUGAGCCAGGCCAGCCCCUGCUCGGAGCCCAUGCGUAUGGCGCUGAUCCGGUUUGACACGCUCUUCGCUGAAUUUGAACUCCGCUACGUGUCCUUGCUGGUCACGGUGAAGUCCCCGGAGGAGCUCUACAAGCAGCAGGAGAUCGUGGUGCUCUUCUGUGAGACAGUGGAGAGAGCCCUGAAACUUGGCUACCUGAGCCAGGACAUGAUUGACGGGUGCGAGCCGCUGCUGAUGUUCACCAUCCCCCGCCUGGCCAUCAUCAGUGGGCUCCUCAUCUAUCCCGAGGGGCCCCUGGGCCUGGAGCGGAGGCCCGAGGAGACGUCCAGGCUCUUCAGCCCCUUUCGCAGCGUGCUGAAAAACAUCAGGGACCUGCUGCGGGUGCUCUCGGAGGAGGAGCUCGCCCUGCUGGAGAAGACCCUGUGUGCUGCCGAAUCGGAGGGUCCUUGCAGCGCAGCUGGUCCUGAGCCCAGGGGCGAAGCGGCUCCAGACACUCGUCGCCCUGCCCCCUGGUGCUCCCCGCAGCCCGCCCCCAACUGCUCUCUGCACCCCCCAGCUGCUGCAGGAGCCCAGCGCACGGCGGCCUGCAGCCGCGGAACAGCUGGAGCCCCAGGGGCUGCGAGUGGAGCCCCACAAAAGGGCAAGGAGGAGGCAAAGGAGCCAGUGCCCCCUGGCUCGGACGCUCUCCCCGAAAGGCCCCUGAGCGUGAGGACUAGUGAUAUGGAUGCGGCCUGCACAGGGUCAGCCUCGCCGGGCCUGUGGCCACCUGCUCAGGCUGUGCGCCAGGGGGUUCCUGGCAGAGCUGGCAAUGCCAGCAGGGACAUACGGCUGCAGACGCAUGCAGCCAUGCCAGAGGGAGCAGGGCACGCUGACAGCAUGGGGCCUCCCUGGGACAGAGGCCAGCAGUCCUGGGCAUGCUCCACAGACCGUGGCCAGCUGGCACUAGUGGCUUCUAGGCCACAGGAGCCGACUCUGACAGGAGGAUGCAUGGAGGCCUGUGCCGGCCUGCAGAACGGGUGGGUGAGGCCUCUCCCCCCGCUCCUGCCUGGCAACAGCGGCAGGCCCCUGUGGCAACAGCCAGGCAGUGCCCGGGGCAGAGUGCUCCCCGGGGCUGUUCUGCCCGGCGCACGCUCAGAGCUCCGCUCCCGUUACAGCAGCACCCAGGACAUGAUCCACACGCUCUUCGUCUGCAUCUCUGGGGUGGCAGACCAGCUGCAGACCAACUUCGCCAGCGACCUGCGGAGCAUCCUGAAGACGGUGUUCCACAUCGUGAUGUCCCAGCCCGAGGCUCCGGUGGGGACAGAUACCGGCCAGGAGGAAGAAGCGGGAGAAGCUUCCCCCUUGGCAGACUGUGCUCUGUGCUCCAGCCACAGGGAGGGGAACAGGACCGGGCACGGAGACGGCAUCUCCAGGCUGCCGCCCUGGGUGCCGGACAGCACCUGCAGCCGGUGCCCGGCAUGUCGGGCCCCCUUCUCCGUGGUCCGCCGGCGUCACCACUGCCGCAGCUGCGGGAAGAUCUUCUGCUCUCGCUGCUCCCAGCACACGGCGCCGCUCCCUCACUACGGCCUCCUGAAGCCAGUGCGUGUCUGCACUCACUGCUACACCAUGCACCUCCCCGCCAGGCCCCCGACCCCCAGCCGCCCCUGAGCCGCUCUCGGCUGCGUGCGUUGGCGGCCCCAGUGGCGUGGAUCAUCGCACACCCUUUACCUCGGAAAGCUACCAAAGACUGCUCAGGGCUUCUGGCAGCCUGCACCACCUACGGAGAGGGCCGGGACAUUGCACAGACCUGGUGGGGAGCUCCCGGAAGGGCUCUCACUACUUCUUGCAAUGGGGUUUUUAUCUUUAAGUCAAGGAAUCCCUGUCUGAGCUGGAGGGUGGGCUGUGGAGACAGCAGAUCCCCACGUGCACCCUCCCUGGAUCUGAGCCAGCCAGCUGCACUCCAGCUGCCAUUUCGGUAGGAAAGGGAGGGCCCACAGGGAUGGUGCCUGGACUUGCGGGCACUGCACUCCAGCCACUCCUGCUCACUCUGACCACAGCAGAUCCCCCUGGCAACAGAACCGGCUCCACGGUGACCCAGCCGGACUCGCCUGACGUGCUCCUCCCUGUUCCUAGUUCGAGGCGUUGGGACAGGCAGGGUCUGCUUCCUGAAGUGACUGCAGAGAACGCAGCCUGGUGCUGGCCACCUGGCCAUGAGCUGGGCCUAGUGCCCCAGCCUCUUGUGCCACUCUCCCAAACGAAGCCGGGUGGGUUCAGGAGCUCAGUUCGUGUCCCAAGGAAGCUCUGAGGCCAGGGGUCUGGGCCUGCAUGGCAGGGUACUAAGUGCUGGCUCUGGUGACAGUGGCAAGCCUCCCCUGCAGCACCAAGGCACGGUGGGGGGCCUAGGAACAGGGGGAGGACUCCUCCUCUCUUCUCUCCAUCCCUGCCUGCCCCAUGCUGUGGGCAAGGUGCAUUGUCCUACUCACUGAACAGCUCAGAUCAGCCACUGGGACUGGUGCCAGAAGCCAGCCCACCCUUGCACACUCUGUUGAAAGCAGGGCUGGGAAAACCUCAGUGUUGUAUCUCGAGGGCUGCCCAGCCUUGCCGGGGGCAAGAGGGGCUCUGGGUGCUGCAGGGUCUGGCAUGAGCAGUGACUAAACCCGGAGCCCCUAGACUCUACCCAGCCGAGGCAGCAGCUAACAGGCACAGAGCAGAUUGGAAUGCAGGCAGCUGCCCCUGUGGAGUGCAGAGGAAGCGGCUGCCGCGGGAGACUCCGCAUCCCAGUGAGCAUAGGGGCCCGGCUGGCCCAAUGGGGUGGUCCUGCCCACUGGCAUCGGUCAGUGUGGGCUGCACCUUGACUCUGGGGGCGGGGGGCUGCAGGAGGUUCCUGAGCUGUUCCUUGUCCCCUGCCACUGUGUGUGUGGGGGGAGAGUUUCUCUUCCUCUUUCCAACCAGGGUCUCAAAGCGCUCACACUUUCCUCUCCCAAGCCCCGUGGUGGGAUAGGUACCUCUGUCCUUGCAUGGUUCUGCUCCCGAGAGGGCUGGAGGGGAGGAUCGUGGCUCUGAGCUCCUGGCUGGGUUAGGGAAGCUGCAGCUGUUCUAGGCCCAGGCUGUAGCCUGCACCUGGGUAGGGUUGGUGGAAAGCUCUGCCAGGAAGAACAAGCCCUAGCCUGGAUGAAGGCUAGUGCCCUGUGGAAGAGUGGCCACAGCCACGGCUGGGCACCCGCAUGUGGCUGGCACGGUGCAGCAGGCCCUUUCUCAGGCAAGCUCCCAUUCAGUCCCACACCUGCCAGCGUAGAGCCUAGUAAAUGAAACGCCAACCAACAGCUCUCUUUGGCCCUGUCUGCAGCUUUGCGGAGUCCCCCGCUCCUGGUGCUCGCUGAUGGGCUGGCCUGUGACCCUGACCACGAGGGGCAACCAAGCUUUCACUAAAAAAGUG